AUGAGAUUCAUUAGUCAAAAUACAACUCCUAAAUAUGAAUAGUAAUAACAAAUAGUAUUACCUAAUGUCAGAGGGAGGUCUAAUACAAUGCAAUAGAGCAAAUAAAAAAAUAAUUAUAAUAAAUAGCUAACUUUAAAUAAUGAUCAUUUCUAAAACACUGGUAAUGAACUAAAUUCAUCGAGACUGGAUAAUAUAUUCUAAAUGGAAAUUAUGACUCAUAAAUUUGAAUAAUUAAAGGUUUCCUUAUCUCAUUCUACCUAAGGGGAUGUUAAUAAAACAAAUGUAAUAAAUAGUCAAAAGAAAAAGAAGAAAUAAAAGGCUUAAUAUAAUGAAUCGAAUUAUAGAAUAAAUGAGUAUUAGUUGUUUAAAAAGAAAAUAGAUGAUAAUAUUUAAACAGAAUUAAGAUAGAUUUAGGAAUCGCGCUAAAAACUAAUGAAAUGUGUCCUCAAUACACGAUAAAGAAAUAUUUCUUUAUAAUUAUAUGGAGAUGAUCUGACGCCUGUGAUAACUAACGAGAAGGUCAAUCGAUAAAAUGAAAAAGAAAAAAAUUGUAAUUAUUGUCUAAAACUUAGUAGAAUAACAGCAUUUAUUAGAGUCUAUCAAGAAAUAAUACACACAGAGGUCUCCAAACGGAAAUGCCUAUUGCGGUUUAAAAGCCUUAAGGAAGAGUCAACAAAGUAAAGUAUUUAAUAAAUUAUGUUGACAUAAGAGGUCUUUAUUGAUGAUAUAUUAAAUAUAGAUAUUAUAUUUAAAUAUUGUAAAAUUAUGAGCAGCAGCCAGCAAAACUCAAAAUCCAUUUCAAUCAAAAGUGAUCAAAACAGUUUUCGAAAUAAAUUAAGAAAAACAAGAGAUUCUAAAGCACCCAACCUUAAUAAUUUAAUUUCAUUAAUCAAGGAUGCUGAAAUUUCAUUAAAUUACUUUAAAGAAUUCUCGGAGUAAAUUGUAAAAACACAAUUAGGAAUGUAAUAAAACUAUAACAUGGAUAAGUUAAACAAUAAUAAUGAAGAAGUUGGAAUUGAUCUCUUCGAAAAUUAUAAAGAUAAGAUUGAUUAAAAUGAAAUUUAAUAUUCAUAUAACUAAUUUUCAAUUGCAAACCAAGAGAUACCUUCAUAAAACCAAUAUUAAAUGGAUGUUCCAACUAAAUAAUGA